CUCAACUGGGUGCUAAUAAAUGCAUAGAGAACAGUUUCUGCAGGAAAGGUCGCCUCAGGGCACAGGAAUGAGCACUACCCUCAACACAGACGAUUCUCUUCGGAUACGUCUCGAAAGACAUCAAAUACGAACACAUGAUCAUGCGACGCUGGAUUCUCGAGGAGGUGCGGAACUCGAUCGUAAUCCCCACGCGGCAAUCGAGACAUCGAGCUUCACUGGACCGAAAUCCGAAGCAGAACUCCGCCAGCCGGGACUCGGCUCGAGGGUGGACGGAAGGCCGGGCUACGGGCCCGGCUGAAAUAGUUUGACCUGGAGGGGCGGGCGGGCGGGCGGGCGGGCGGCCCCGAGGACUUAUCCGCAAGCGUUUUGGCCACCGCACGCUUUCAGGACCACCAGCAGCAGAAUCUUCGCUUCCGAGCGAAUACGCCAAGAACCCGCACCCCCUUCUUUUUGACCGACUGCCCGGGAAGGGGACGGCGAUGGGGCCCCGGGGUGCGUCAUCGUCGUCGGCCUCGUCCUCGCUCCUCGAUCCUUGCGAUCUUUCGGGGCUCAGAUAUUUUGUCACCUUCGCCAAACCUUUAGGGUUGCGCUCGAUUACGUGGCUCCCGGCGAAGUCCCUUCGGUCGGGUCAAGGGGGGUGUUGGAGGGAUCUCCCCACCUGUCGAAAUUGGUCGCUUCGCCUUUUAUCCACUCUGUAAUGCUCUCCGAGUUAGCCAUGUCCGACACCGAAAGAUUCUGCUCGCACCAAGGAUCUUGGAACCGGUUCCUCAGUUUGCUUGCACCGGUUCCAUACUCUCCCACCGCCACGACCGAUGUGCGCCUUCUAAAAUUACUGCUGAUCUCGGUGCAACAGCGUUGCGCUUGUCGUUUCGCUUGUCAAAUCUCAGAUUGGGUUUCGAUCCAUCACCCUGAGAUUGCGAUUUCUGCCGCUGAGGUUUACUGAUUUACCCCUACCUCCCUCCCGCGGUGAACUUCCUCUCGUUGGAGGUCUGGAGGUCUGGCGCCUGUGCAGUUUCUCUAUAUCUCUGAUGUAUUCAGCGCAGUCGGUCAGCCUUCACAUCAUGUAAAAAAUGUGCCGGCUGUGUCUGCAUCGUGGUCCUCAGUGUGAAGUAAUUCUCUUUUCUUGUCUGGCUUGCUGCCCCUUCUGUGGGCUUUUGGAUGUAUUUCUCGAAAAGAACAAGAUUCCUAGCAUUCUUUAUAUGUCAGAUAAGGGCCAGCUUUCUCCUAAUCUGCUGUGGAUGGAUGCCCUCAGCCCUAAGCCUCCUCCGCACACGACACCGAGUGCAGACACUUCGGUGUGCGAAGAGCGGUGGAUAUGGAUUCUCAUUUGUCCAGCUCCUCACCCACAGCGCUCCCCGUCGCUUUUCUUCCUCUUCUUAUUCUUCUUCCUCGUCUUCGUCUUUAAUCAUACGACCCUCAAUCCAGGCACAGCCUUGUGGAUCCGAACACGGCCAGAGCAAUUCCUCCGUAGCUCGAGGUCCACAUCUGGCACUGUACCCGUCGCCAGGUUUGUUUUCCUGAAGGUAAGGAAUACCGCAUACGCAAGCGACAGGCGAGCUGACAGUAAAACUGGAACACCUUCUUUCACCCGGCAGUGCGACCAGCGUGACUGCUGGCGCUGAAAGGUUUGAAACCAUAGUUCCAUGCACGUAAUUGAACCGGCUCCGGCCUUCUACUUGAAUUACGGUGGAUAUUUCAGCAGAAUGCGAUCGAGUGGCUGAACUGUCCACAUCGCCUGCUAUUGACGAUCGAGGCCUGCAGCAGCCUCAUACUGUUGAUCAUCACAUUCGCCUUCCUCGUGCACUGCCUGAACGCUCAACGAGGCUCCAAGGAGCUCGCUGAGUGGGAAAUCUGAUUACUCGGCGACGAUGACAGUAGAACGUGAGCCAUGCCCCGGCUUGAGCAGGGAUACAGUACCGACCAGAGACUGCCACAUUCCAAAGACAUCAGGCAGAUGUCGGAUGCAAGGAAUUUGCGAGGAGGGCAUGAGCUAGGCAGGGGAGCUUGGCAGAACGACGGUGCAGUGAAUCCAAGUGUAAGGCCUUGUCGGUCCUAUUGCGAUGAACGACGGCAUGCAUGGUCUGAUCGAGCGUAGGUAACCGCAGGAGAGGCAAUAAUCGAGAAAAUAGUCAUGCUCUUGGGUCCAUCAUGGGUCGCCGACGCUAUCGGAGGCUGUGGCGCGCGCGGCCUCCUCGUUGUCGAGGGUUUUCGGGUUCCGAGCUUCAGGAACUGUGGAGCCGAAGCCCCAUAAUCAGCGUCUGACAGCCGGACUCUUGGAUCGAGAGUAUUUCUCCGUCCUUUCAGUCGCUCGUCAUCCUCUCUCUUUCUCUCUCGAUCGAAACGGAAGCAACACAAAUCAGGAAAUCAAACACUUUCCGAAUGUUUUGCGGCCCAGGAAUAAAUCCGAGUCCGCUGCACCGCCUGCUUUAAUCACAUCGCUGCAUAGCCUGUUUCAUUCACAACUUGUGCCAACCAUUUUCCCAUCUUGAAUUGCCGAUGUGGCUCGCUACACUCCUUCGUCUUACAGCUUUGGACGAGGAGAAGCGAUGAUGGCGUCAUAAUUAAUGAUGACGGCACUUGCAUUUCAGACUUGCCAUUCGAACCACGUAAGCGACAUCGAAAGACAGCGUAUUUGGGUUGAUGGAUCUGAUCCGGUGUGUUGAUCGAUCACUGGAAGAUGAGAAAUCACUUGAUGCUCCUCCGGAGAAUCGUGUUUGAGUCUACGCAUAACACCUACGAUUCAUUUUACGUUACGGGACACUCCAGCCCACCGUCCUAGUGUGAACAGAGUGAUGGAUUUAGGGUAUGAUAAUUUUCUCGUCCGGCAUGUUAGCAAAAGGACAUGACGACUUGGAGCAUUGAUAUGUGGCGAGUUGAGUUGAUAAUUCUAGUUUACCGUAGUAACUCCCUAGUACCCCAGUUUAUGUAAUGAUACAAGAAUCCAGAGCAUGAAAUUUGCGAAAAUAUUUGUAUCUCAAGUUGGC